AUGUUAGGUUGUUUUUUUUUUUUUUUCAUACAAUAUAAAGUUCAAGUAGAAAUAUUUGUUUUUAAGGUGCAUUACUUAAGGGAAGACACCCCCUUCCCAAAGAUGGUCGUCGACGUUGAUGCUCUGGCUAAUGAAGCUAUUGGAUUGUUAGAUCAGUGUAAAGAUGACAAUUACAGAGUAUGUAUACUUAUAGUGGGUCCUCCAGGUUCAGGCAAGUCAACGGUUGCCCAAGAUCUCAGCCGUCAAAUCAAUCAUAGAUUUGAUGAAUAUCGAUUGCAAGGUAAUCAGAAAUCGGCUCAUGGUGGGACUAGAUCGAGGGCUUCAGAUGUGGCAUUGGCUUCAGAUGUACCGGAGAUCACGACUCCCUUGUCUGAGGAAUUAGCAUUUAAUGGUGGUAUUUUACCGAAAUAUGUUGAAGAUGUAAACUUCCAACCUGUGAAAAGAAGACUAGAAAAUGGUGAUUUGCAGAUCUUGGGUCGUGGUGGAUUGCCCAAUGCGUUUACUAUUUCUAAUGAUGUGGAACCUGAUGAAGAAUCGUCUUUUGCACAAAUUGUGCCCAUGGAUGGAUUUCAUUUGAGUCGUCAAUGUCUAUCGAGUUUCCAAAAUCCACAAGAAGCCCAUAAAAGGAGAGGUUCGCCACCCACUUUUGAUAGUAACAAUUUUGCUCAACUUUGUAAAACCUUGGCCCAAACAUGUACCAUCAAACCCGGAUCCUGUGAUGCGAAAUCAUGCUUUGAAUUUAUGGCCAAGACUUAUGAUCCACAUUUUCCCUGUAUAAAGAUUCCUGGAUUUGACCAUAGCCUCAAGGAUCCAACACCGGAUCAAUUUUGCCUCAAUGGUCAUACUAGAAUCGUCAUCCUAGAAGGACUUUACCUUCUUUACGAUAAAGAAAACUGGCAACGUGUUCACGAGAUCCUACAAAAUACUGGAUCCUUAUUAGUAUGGUACAUUGAUAUUGAGGACCACGUCAUUGAAGAAAGAGUCGCAAAAAGACAUUUUAACUCUGGGUUGGCCGAUAGUGUAGAGCAAGGACGUCUCAAGUUUCAAGGAAAUGAUCUUUUAAAUGCAAGGCUCAUUAGAAAGAAUCUUGUUCAAAGCGGCAAAGUCGUCACAUUAAGAAAUGAUUGA